AUGGGCGUGCCAGAAUGCAAGUUGAGCCAGAAGGGAGGGGAGUACGUAGGCGUGAAGGACAAGACCAUCUCUGGCUUCGAUUGCAUUCCAUGGCUUGAUCAAGACAGCAGUGAUGUGGACCGGAUCCGUGGGCUCCGUAAAGGAUCAUUCUCAGAUGAACUCACUAGUAGUCACAAUUUCUGCCGGAACUCGAAUGGGAACCCAGGUGGUCCUUGGUGCAAUAUCAAAGUUCCUGGAAAGCCCAAACUGAAUUGGGAGUAUUGCGAUGUGUCAUUCUGCAAUUUCGACGCUUCACAAAGAGCCAUCGAGUAUGGAAACCAAUACAAGUCAAAAUGGGAGAGAACUCCUUUAAACAUGUAUUCCUUCUCCCGAGUACCAGGACCUUUGGAGGAGGAACUAAGUUAUGGAAUUUUAAAGUCUGAAGACACGCAAUAG